AUGGCGGACCAGAUGGCAUUUCUCCUCUUCGGAGACCAGAGUCUCGACACGCAUGGCUUCCUGGCCGACUUUUACAGACGAGGGAACCCGGGUGUUCUAUCGAAAGAAUUCCUUCGCCUAGCCGGCGAUGCUCUAAAAGAUGAGGUAGAGCGACUACCUCAAGAAGAACGACGAAACAUUCCUACCUUUAGAAAACUACAACAACUCAACGAGAAAUACCACGCACAACCAGUCAAGUUCCCAGGGAUCGACAGCGCCCUCUUAUGCAUAGCACAGCUGGCACAUUACAUCGACCGUUCCGAGAAGGAGCACGGAGAUGUUACCGACAAGAGCAACACGAAACUCUCCGGUCUUUGCACCGGCCUCUUCGCUGCAACCGCCAUUGCAUCGAGCCCGUCGCUUUCUACCCUCCUCCCGGUCGCCGUCCAAACCGUCUUGAUGGCAUUUAGGACAGGGUGUCACGUGGCUUCGUUAGCAGAACGACUUAGCCCGUCAACUGGAAAGUCAGAAAGUUGGACAUAUGUUCUCCCCGCCGCUCAGGAAGCGGAGGCGAAGUCUCUUCUGGCAGAGUUUCAUAAGGAGGAGGGAAUUUCACAAGCUGCACAUGCUUACGUGAGCGCCGUUUCUGCGAAUAACAUCGCAAUAUCUGGUCCGCCAGCUACGCUACAGGCUUUGUUUAGCAAAGAUCUGUUUGAAUCUAGACCGACAGCAAUCCCAGUAUAUGGUCCAUACCAUGCUCCACAUUUGCAUGGGCUAGUAGACAUUAGGAAGAUGCUUCGGCUUGACGACGAGGCUGUCACUACGGCUUUGGCAGGAUCAAAACCUCAGAGCGCUGUUAUGUCCUGCGUUACUGGCUUACCUUUUCCUGAGACCGAUACUAAAUCCCUUCUCGCGGCGGUGGUUCACGAGAUUCUCAACGAAGCCUUAAUAUUUCACAAAACUCUCAGCGGAAACGCGAAUGAGGCGCGGGACUUCAAAGGUUCCCGUAUUUUAGUGAUUCCAUAUGGCCCAACGCAGGCUGCCAGUACAUUGGCUAACGUCCUGCGGUCACAAACUAAGGCAGAGGUUAUCCUGAGGCCGACUCCUCAAGUUUCUCGCGAAACUACGUCGGCCUCCAUCGGAAACCACGGGUCUUCUGGCAACUGCAAGCUUGCUAUCGUUGGUAUGGCAGGUCGCUUUCCAGACUCAGCGAGCCAUGACGCGCUCUGGGACCUACUUUUGAAGGGAAUAGACGCCCACCGUAUUGUGCCCGCGGAUCGAUUCCCAGUUGAAACUCACUACGACCCGACUGGAAAGGCAAUCAACACAAGCCACACACCUUAUGGUAACUGGAUUGAGAACCCUGGUCACUUCGACCCGCGAUUUUUCAACAUGUCUCCUCGAGAGGCCUUUCAGACCGACCCGAUGCAGCGUAUGGCUUUGACGACUGCCUACGAGGCGCUUGAGAUGUCCGGCUAUGUACCCAACCGGACACCAUCGACAAGGCUAGACCGCAUUGGUACCUUCUACGGCCAGACAUCUGAUGACUGGCGAGAGAUCAACGCCGCGCAAGAGGUUGAUACCUAUUAUAUAACCGGUGGUGUAAGAGCAUUCGGCCCAGGCCGAAUAAAUUACCAUUUUGGCUUCUCCGGUCCUAGUUUGAACAUUGAUACCGCUUGUUCAUCUAGUGCUGCUGCUCUUCAAGUUGCUUGCACCUCUCUAAGGGCGAAGGAAUGCGAUACCGCCAUCGUUGGCGGUCUUUCCUGCAUGACAAAUUCGGACAUUUUCUCCGGGUUGAGUCGUGGCCAGUUUUUGUCGAAGGAGCAUAAUUGUAAUACCUUCGACAAUGACGCAGACGGCUAUUGCCGUGCCGACGGGUGUGCUUCAGUCAUUCUGAAGCGCCUAGACGAUGCGAUCUCCGACAAGGACAACAUUCUCGCUGUUGUUCUUGGCACCCAGACAAAUCACUCAGCAGAUGCUAUCUCUAUCACGCAUCCGCAUGGCCCGACUCAAUCUAUCCUCUCUUCGUCUAUCUUAGAUGAAGCUGGUGUUGAUCCGCACGAUGUAGACUACGUCGAAAUGCAUGGCACAGGCACCCAGGCCGGCGAUGGAACUGAAAUGGUCUCUGUGACUGAUGUUUUUGCUCCCGCCAGUCGACACAGGCCAGCUGACAGACCUCUCUUCCUCGGCUCUGUGAAGGCCAACGUAGGUCACGGCGAAGCUGCGUCCGGUGUUACUGCUCUCAUCAAAGUCUUGAUGAUGCUCAAGAACAAUGCCAUUCCUCCACAUAUCGGUAUUAAAAAGGAGAUAAACAAGACCUUCCCCUCAGAUCUAGGUGAACGCGGUGUAAACAUCGCGUUCCACAAGACUCCAUUCACCAGAAAGGACGGAAAGCCGAGGCGAGUUUUCGUCAAUAACUUCAGCGCCGCUGGUGGCAACACCGGUAUUUUGCUUGAAGAUGGCCCUCGCUACAAGACUGCUACUUUGGACCCUCGUACGCAACACGUUAUUACUGUCACUGCCAAGUCAAAGGCUGCUAUGAUCAGAAACGCUGAAAACCUUGUUCAGUGGAUGGAGGAGAAUCCUUCUACUUCCGUCUCCCACGUCGCGUACACUACGACGGCCCGUAAGAUCCAACACUAUUGGCGUAUGAAUGUGACCGCUUCCAGCCUCAUUGAGGCCCAAGAAGCGAUUAAGGAACGCUUAAAGUCUAACUUUGUCCCUGUUUCCCCAGAGCAACCUAAGGUUGCAUUCCUCUUCACAGGACAGGGAUCUCAUUAUGCCGGCCUCGGCAGGGAUCUCUAUGCACACUAUUCUAUCUUCCGCCGUGCCAUCGAUGAAUACGACCAACUUGCUCGUAUCCAUGGUUUCCCGUCAUUCCUUCCUCUCAUCGAUGGCACCGAGCCUGAGGUACAGAAACUCUCUCCCGUCAUCGUCCAAUUGGGUUUGGCUUCUUUCGAGAUGGCCCUCGCCAAACUCUGGAUGUCAUGGGGAAUUCGGCCUAGCGCUGUUCUGGGUCAUAGCUUAGGAGAGUACGCGGCUCUUCACGUCGCUGGUGUCUUGUCUGCUAGCGAUACCAUCUACCUCGUUGGCGCUCGUGCUAAGCUUCUUGUCGAAAAAUGUACUGCUGGCACUCAUGCGAUGUUGGCCGUCCAAGGCUCUGUUGAGACCGUCCAAGAGGCACUCGGGGAACGUGCCGCAGCGACUAACGUUGCAUGCAUCAAUGGCCCGCGAGAGACCGUCCUCAGUGGCACCUCCACAGAGAUUGCCGAGAUUGCUGAGCAACUUGGUAAUGCCGGUUUCAAGUGCACGCAAUUGAAGGUACCCUUCGCUUUCCACUCUGCCCAGGUUGAACCAAUUCUGGAUGAGUUCGAGAAAUUAGCCCGCUCAGUCCGCUUCCAAGAACCCAAGGUUCCAGUCAUUUCUCCCCUUCACGGCAAGCUCCUUGACGGCGAGCCAAUCAACCCUACCUACCUUCGCAACCACGCUCGUGACGCUGUCAACUUCCUUGGUGGCCUUGUUUCUGCUCAACAAUCUGGUGUUAUCGAUGAAAAGACCGCCUGGCUUGAGGUUGGCCCACACCCUGUGUGUGCUAACAUGGUGAAGGCAGCCUUCGGAGCUAGCACUAUUGCAGUCCCGACUCUUCGCCGCAAUGAGGCUACUUACAAGACAAUCAGUGCUACUCUGUGCACACUACACUCCGCUGGCUUGAACCUUGACUGGAACGAGUUCCACCGCGACUUUGACGCGUCAGUGCGCCUUUUGGAUUUGCCUACCUACUCCUUCGACCUCAAGAAUUACUGGCUACAAUAUACUGGUGACUGGUGUAUUACUAAGAACCGGGGCGCUUUGGCUGCACCUAAAGCGAUCGAGCCAGCCAGGCCGAGACUGUCCACCACUAGUGUCCAGAAAAUCACCAAGGAAGAAGUCAAGGGUGACAUUGCUAUUCUCGAGACUGAAUCAGACCUAGCCGAAGAGAACCUUCGAAAAGUAUGUCUUGGCCAUCGUUGCAACGGUGUCAUGUUAACCCCAUCGACUCUCUAUGCUGAUAUGGCGGAGACUAUCUGCGAAUAUGCUUACCAGCUUCUUCGCCCGGAUGUCAAGGAUAUCGGUAUGAAUGUCGCUCAUAUGGAAGUCUCUAAGACUCUUCUUUUCGAUGCCAAGGCAUCGAGCCAGGUAUUGCGCAUGGAAGUUAAGGCCAAUGCCGCUGAGAACGUCGCUGAUAUUACAUUCACGACUGGCGAAGGUGCCAAGAGGACUGAGCAUGCACUUUGCAAAGUCUACUACGGUAGCAAGGAAGAUUGGCUGGAUGAGUUCGAACGUGUCAACUACCUGAUUAGGGGACGUAUCGACGCACUCAAGGCCGCCGAAGAGCGUGGUGAGGCUUCGAAGAUCAGUAAGGGAAUUGCAUACAAGCUCUUUACUGCCCUCGUCGACUACUCCCCGCAGUACCAAGGCAUGCAGUCUGUCAUCCUCAACAGCAAAACCUGCGAGGCAAGUGCCAAAGUUGUAUUCCAAACUUCGCCCGCAGAUGGUACUUUCCGUACCGCCCCUUACUGGAUUGACUCCGUCUGCCAUAUCUCAGGCUUCAUCGUGAACGGUACCGAUGCUGUUGACUCUCGUGAGCAGGUCUUCAUUUCCCAUGGUUGGGGUAGCAUGAGAUUUGCCGAAAGACUCGAUGCCUCAAAAUCAUACCAGACCUACAUACGCAUGCAGCCUGUCAAAGGUACUAAGAUGAUGGCUGGUGAUGCCUACGUCUUUGAUGGAGAUAGACUCAUUGGUGUCGGUGGCGAUGUCCGCUUCCAGUCUAUCCCCCGCAAGGUUCUCAACAUCGUCCUUCCUAACCCCAAUGCCGUUGCUGCUCGCCCUGCUCUAGCUGCUAAGCCUGCCCCUGCUAAGGCCCCCGCGAAGGAGAAGAAACAAGUCACUAGCUCUAAUCUCCCAGCCGUAAACAAGAAACUAGCCCAGACCUCGGUGGUUUCCCAGGUCAUGGACGUUGUUUCGAAGGAGACCGGUGUUAGCCAUGACGAGUUGGCGGAUAACAUCGCGUUUGCUGACCUUGGUGUUGAUUCUUUGAUGGGUCUUACCAUCAGUGGACGCCUCCGUGAAGAGCUAGAGCUCAACAUUGACUCACAUGCCUUCAAUGACCAUGCCACGAUUGGCGCCUUCAAGAAGUUCCUUGCUCAAUUCGAAACUGCAGCACCAGUCGUUGUUUCAGAGUCCAGCGGUUCCAGUGGUACUUCUGACAGCGACGACGAUAUUGAGUCGGACUCGGAAGUUACCACCCCUGGCGAGAGCGACAAGGGUUCAGUAAAGGAAGACUCCGCACCAGCUGACUCUGGAAGCAAUAGCGAGCUUCAACAGAUGGUUCGUGACACCAUUUGCGCUGAGAUGAGUGUCGAGGUCGAGGAAGUAAUCGCAGCCCCCGAUUUAGCUGCACUGGGAAUGGACUCGCUCAUGAGCCUGUCUAUCCUCGGCAUCCUCCGUGAGAAGACUGGCUUGAACAUCCCCAGCGACCUUCUAGGCCACAACCCAUCUCUAAAGGAUAUCGAGCGAAUGCUUGGCAUCGAAGACAAGCCUAAGCGUGCCGCUGCCGCACCUAAGCCUGCAGCUCCAAAGGUGUCCAAGACUAAGUCCCAGUCGAAGACUAUUACCAAGACCCAGACUGUGACGGUAACCAAAUCGUCUGUUCCUGAUGCCUACCCCCACCGGAAAGCAACAUCCGUGCUUCUCCAAGGCAACCAUCGUACUGCCACUAAGCAACUCUUCAUGAUCCCUGACGGAAGUGGCAGUGCUACCUCGUACACGGAGAUCUCCGAGCUCGGCUCAGACGUCGCCGUCUGGGGCAUGUUCUCGCCCUUCAUGAAGACCCCAGAGGAGUAUAAGUGCGGUGUUUAUGGGAUGGCGACCAAGUUCAUCCAGGAAAUCAAGCGCCGCCAGCCUGAAGGUCCCUAUGCCGUCGCUGGUUGGUCAGCAGGUGGGGUGAUCGCAUAUGAAAUUGUCAACCAGCUUACCAAGGCCGGAGACGAAGUUUCUAACCUCAUCAUCAUCGAUGCCCCUUGCCCUAUCACCAUCGAACCCCUCCCUGCCGGCCUUCACGCCUGGUUUGCGGAGAUCGGUCUUCUUGGCGAGGGUGACAGUCCCGAGGAGAAGAAGAUUCCGUCUUGGCUUCUGCCUCAUUUUGCUGCUUCGGUCACCGCCUUAUCUAACUACACUGCCGAGCCGAUUGCCAAGGAGAAGUGCCCUAAGGUUACGGCCAUCUGGUGUGAGGAUGGUGUCUGCAAACUACCCACAGACCCCCGACCUGACCCUUACCCUACCGGUCACGCUCUCUUCCUCCUUGAUAACCGAACUGACUUCGGUCCUAACCGCUGGGACGAGUACCUUGACGCCGAGAAGAUGACCUUCCACCACAUGCCCGGAAACCAUUUCUCGAUGAUGCACGGCGACCUUGCUAAGCAGCUCGGUAGCUUCAUGAAGGAAGGCAUCCACUCUUAG